GGCGCCCGGGUCCGGCGGCGGCGAGGGGGGGGAAGAUGGCGGACGUGCUCAGCGUCCUGCGACAGUACAACAUCCAGAAGAAGGAGAUCGUGGUGAAGGGAGACGAAGUGAUCUUCGGGGAGUUCUCCUGGCCCAAGAACGUCAAGACCAACUAUGUGGUGUGGGGGACUGGAAAGGAAGGCCAACCCAGAGAGUAUUACACGUUGGAUUCUAUCUUAUUUCUUCUUAACAAUGUACACCUUUCUCAUCCUGUGUAUGUCCGACGUGCAGCCACUGAAAACAUUCCUGUGGUUCGAAGACCUGACCGAAAAGAUCUACUUGGGUAUCUCAAUGGGGAAGCAUCAACAUCAGCAAGUAUUGACAGAAGUGCCCCCUUAGAAAUAGGUCUGCAGCGAUCUACACAAGUUAAACGAGCUGCAGAUGAAGUUUUAGCAGAAGCAAAGAAACCACGAAUUGAGGAUGAAGAGUGUGUACGCCUUGAUAAAGAGAGAUUGGCUGCCCGUUUGGAGGGUCACAAAGAAGGAAUUGUACAAACAGAACAGAUUAGGUCUUUGUCUGAAGCUAUGUCAGUGGAAAAAAUUGCUGCCAUCAAAGCCAAAAUUAUGGCUAAGAAAAGAUCUACUAUCAAGACUGAUCUAGAUGAUGAUAUAACUGCCCUUAAACAAAGGAGUUUUGUAGAUGCUGAAGUAGAUGUGACCCGAGAUAUUGUCAGCAGAGAGAGAGUGUGGAGGACACGAACAACUAUCUUACAAAGCACAGGAAAGAAUUUUUCCAAGAAUAUUUUUGCAAUUCUUCAGUCUGUGAAAGCCAGAGAAGAAGGGCGGGCACCUGAACAGCGACCAGCCCCAAAUGCAGCGCCUGUGGAUCCUACAUUGCGUACCAAACAGCCUAUCCCAGCUGCCUACAACAGAUAUGACCAGGAAAGAUUUAAAGGAAAAGAAGAAACGGAAGGCUUCAAAAUUGACACUAUGGGCACCUACCAUGGUAUGACACUGAAAUCUGUAACGGAGGGUGCAUCUGCCCGUAAGACUCAGACUCCUGCAGCACAGCCAGUACCAAGACCAGUUUCCCAAGCAAGACCUCCCCCAAAUCAGAAGAAAGGGUCUCGAACACCCAUUAUCAUAAUUCCAGCUGCUACCACCUCUUUAAUAACCAUGCUUAAUGCAAAAGACCUUCUACAGGACCUGAAGUUUGUCCCAUCAGAUGAAAAGAAGAAACAAGGCUGCCAACGGGAAAAUGAAACUCUAAUACAGAGAAGAAAAGACCAGAUGCAACCAGGGGGCACUGCAAUUAGUGUGACAGUUCCUUAUAGAGUGGUAGACCAGCCCCUUAAACUUAUGCCUCAAGACUGGGACCGAGUUGUAGCAGUUUUUGUACAAGGUCCUGCCUGGCAGUUCAAAGGUUGGCCUUGGCUCUUGCCUGAUGGAUCACCAGUUGACAUAUUUGCUAAAAUUAAAGCCUUCCAUCUCAAGUAUGAUGAAGUUCGUCUCGAUCCAAAUGUUCAGAAAUGGGAUGUAACAGUAUUAGAACUCAGCUAUCACAAACGUCAUUUGGAUAGACCAAUUUUCUUACGGUUCUGGGAAACAUUGGAUAGGUACAUGGUAAAGCAUAAAUCCCACUUGAGAUUCUGAAUUACUUGGUUUCCCCUUUUUUCUGGAAAUUUGGAUUGAGAAGCCUGGAUAUUCCUUGAUCUAAAGACUGAGACUCAAGCUUUAUGAAUUUAUCAAGAACUUAAAAUGAAGAAGAUCACUGAUUGAUCUUUUAUAAGACCUUAUUUGAUGCUUUGUGCUUCAAUGGGAUGAUGCCUGUCAUCCAUUAUAAGCAAACUUUUUGGCUUACAACUAUUUUUUUAAUAUUAGCCUUCUAGUCUGUAAUGGAAAUUGUAUAUUUUGAUAGAAGUUUUUUCUCCAUUGGUUAAAUUAGCAUUACUUAAAAUUUGUUUCUUUAGAAAAUAAAUACAGGUUACAAAUGUGUGUAUAUUUAGAGGUUAUAAGGCUCUCUAAGCCAUCUUGCUUCUGAUUUUUCAUUGCUCUCUCAUUCCUUUUAUUGAAAAUACUAUGUUAUGAAUGGUAUUAAAUUUUAGCCUCUGGAACUUUUUCUGAAACUAAGCAAAGGGAUGUGACUACUUUGAAUGAAUCAAAAUGUCAACCUGUAUGUAUACUAUAUCAACACUUUUUAUUUAAAAAGGAAUAAUGAAAAAUCAAGAACAAUUAUUCAGCGUCGGCUGAACUGUUCAGCCUUCCUGAUAUUUCUUUUCUUACAGUGAAUACAUUUAAUGAAUGUGUAUUCUUCUCACUGACUUCGGUGAUUUUAAAAGUUAGGAUGAUAUAUUUCUAUCUGUGAUAUCUCUCCACUUGAAAAAUCUCAAAACACAGAUUAAAAACCUAAUAGGCUCUAGUACUUUUUAUUUUGGGAGCCAGAGUAUGGUUUGGGGGAAGGAAUAUAUCUCAGCCCUACUGCAGUGUAACAUUACCUUCUUUUCUCAUAGGUCACCUUCGAUUCUUAUUUUUUAUGGUAUGGGGUUUUUAGUCUUCUAUUUCUAAGCAUGUCAGUCUUGGAGUUCUUAUCUUCCAUUAUCCUUAAAUAUUGAUAAACUCUCCCAGGCACCAAAGAACACAUUUGCUUAAGUGUCUGAACAGAAACAAGAUAAAAACACUGGUAUUUUUGUGUGCUUAUUAAUAUGGUAUAGAAUAUAAAACCUAUAUUUUAACUUAGUAAAAAUAUUUUACUACUUCUCUAUUUUAGAGACAGAGUGUUGCAUCCAAGGUACAACAAAAGAGCAUUUUCCUCAAGCCUUGAUUUCACCUUUUAUUCCUUAUAGGCAACUGGGAACCUUUCCCUAAAGAAUUUUUGCCAUUAGCAUCAUUGCUUAUCAUUCAGUCUUAUGUCAUUUUUUUCUCCGUUUUUUUUUUUUUUUCAGUGAUCUCUCCUAGGUUAACAUACGUUUUGUAAACCUUUAGCACUUUUUUAUUUGUUAAGCUGACAUUACCUAGUUUCUUUGUGAAGUUUAAUGCUACCAUAGAAAUGAGAAGUGCUCAUUAUUUAUUUUUUAAAUAGCCACAUAAAUCCAUACCCAUAGUACAUAGAGAAGAUACUUAUUCAUCAGGAAUUCACAAGGCUAUAGAAGAAAAGCAGUCAGCAUUUUAAAUGACCAGAUUUUAGUAUAUUUGCAAGGUUUGAACAGAUUCUGCCCCUUUCUCUUCUCUCCGUCUUCUCUUCUUGAAAAUAAAGGAAAACUCAAACUUGUUCACAUUAGAAUUCCUCAGCAUAUGAAUCUGUUUUCAAAAUUUUAAGGUAUAAUUAUGUAUUAUAUAAACUUUCUCCAAGUUGAAAUAGUCAAGGACUAGCAAUCUAAUAUUUCAAUGUAAGAUUUCUUGUUAAGACUACUACUAGUGGACCUGAACUACCUUUCCAUAAAGAUUUUUAGUAUUUAUACUUACGUAUGAUUUUUACUUGAUACAGAGUGUGGUUAAAAUUGGUGACAUCUAUUUGAACAGGGUUUAUUUUUCUAUUUUGAAUUUGCCUUAUGUAAUUCAAAGGUUUCUGGAAAUACUAUAAGGAACAUUAGGAAAAGUACAAAUAUGCUAUACCAUAUAUUUUAAAAUCAGACCCUUAAUAUGUACUUGUUUUCAUUUUGGGGGGCAGUUUAGUCCCUUAUUUAAGUCCAUGUCAUUAGUUUUAUAACCAUUAAUUAUAUUAAAAAACCAGUUUUGAGCUAGCCACUAUUCAUUCUCCCAUAACUCUAUUAUUAAAGUCCUACAGCAGUACCUAGCACAGUGCCUUGCACACAGUAGGCAUUCAGUGAAUAUUUAUAUGCAUGAAUGAAUGAUGUCUUUUCAUUGUAACUGAUUUAUUACAAAAAAAGUAGUUUGACUUCACUUGGUCUUGGAAGUUUGAGAACACCAAAGUACAGAGAAUAAAGGGGCAUAAGCAGAAAUUUUAAUGGAAAUAAAGUUCUCAUUAAUAGCCUUGACUUAUAGAUAAGUUACUGUUAACUGGAGAUACCCUUGUUUGCUCAAAGCUGCAUUUAUUCGUAGGACAAUCUAAGUUGGGUAAUAGUAAGAAGCUUUUAGGUUUAAAUCAGUAGCUCUCAACCCUACCUGCACAUUAGAAUCAUUUGGGGAACUUUUAAAAAUACUGAAGCCUGAAUCCUAUACCUAUAGGUUCUAAUUUAAAUUGUUUGAGAUUUUAAAAGAUCUCCAGGUAAUCUUAAUGUGCAGGAAAGACUGAGAAUCAGUGGCUAAGAUCGUUAUUGAAAACAAUACCAGUAUUAAAUGUUUUCUUCUCUCUUUUCCCCCCCCUGUGGUCACCCUUUGCACUAGACCAUCACCAUUAUUGGUGGUUUUGGCCUAUAUCCCAUAGUGACAAAUCCAAACCUUAUUUAUUUAAUAUAAAAGGAGUAUUUUGCUGUUUAAUAUUUAAACAAUGUUUAAUAUAUUUCAUUAUAAACUAGUAUCAUAGCUUAUUUUUUCCCAUGUGUCCAUAUCCAUUACUAUUUUGUUAACAGCAGCACGGCAACAAUCCAUACAGAAAGAACUGAUUAGUAAUAAGGAAAAUUCAUUUUUUUAAGGUAGAAGGAAGUAAAGUAUUAAUUCUUAUCUGCCAUGCAGAAUGAAACAAAUACAUUUUGCUUAUGAAAGGAAAGAGGCAUAUUUUGAAUUGGUCUACACAGAAAAAGUAAAAGUAAAUUACUCGUUUGAAUAUGAUUCGUUAUCUAAUAAACAUUGAAGGGGUAUUUUUCCUAAAUAAAAUUUUUUUGUGACUCGUAACAAAAUUUAAGCGAUGGCCUUGUUCUUUUUGGAGGGUGGGGAGGGAGUGGUCAGUUGCCAUAUUUUUUGCUACAUCAUAUAAGCAAUUCUGUCUUAUAGAUGUUAUUAAUAGAAAUAAUGAGAGGCUCUACAUAUGUGGUCAAAAAUAAUGUGUCACAUUGUCAGAUAACUCAUAUGUGUGUCACUUACUGAACUAGCGUAGUAUGUAAAAUUCUUUGAGACCAACAAUAUAUUUUAUAAAAUAACAAACACAAAAAUUACAAAAGCUUGUCAGAAUAGCUUGAAAAGUGGCUUUAAACUUUUGUAUUUUGAAACUGCUUUAAAUGCAAAAUUAUAACUAAGGCAGAGAAGUUUAUUAAAGCCUACACACUUUUUUUUUUUUUUUUUUUAAGAUUCUUGCUAAAGAAAUGGCUGUUGUAUCAGGCUAAAGUUUAUGUAGAAUGCUGAGGAAAAAUAAUUUAUAAAAUAAGUACUGCAGAAAUUUGCCCUCAGUUGAAAAGCUGCCAACUGCUUUUGUUUUUUUACAGUUAAUUUCACUAGCCUUAAUAUUACUUGACUUACCUUGGGUUUGCCGUUCACCUGGUUAGUUUAACCUUUACAGGCAUUCCCUGGGUUACAAACCUGAUCAGCUGCUACCGGUGCCUUUAGGUCAAAUCUGUAUUAUGUCAGAACAGGUGCGUACCGUGCGUUUAGUGCAAGGAAAGGCGUGAAGCCUUUUCAGUGGUUUAAAAGCUGCACAUGGAACAAGUGAGGGUGAUUGUGAUGAAGAAUUUGUUGCAAGUAGGGGUUGGUUCAGUUGUUUCAGAGUGAGGGCAAAUGGACGUGACAUUAAAGGGCAAGUACUGCAACUUGGAAGUCUGAAGUUUGGAACCUGGGGACUUCUAUAUGUAUUAACUUUUAAAACAGGGUGGAAAUAACUGAAUUCAACCUAAAUUAAGAAUUGGAUUAGAAAUUUUGAAAUGCCAUGUCCUGUGUGGUCUAUUUAUUGCCACAUUUGGAAGUAUAUUGACUCUCAACAUGGUUUUUAUAUUAAUAUGUUCAAGUAGUAACUAAGGAAUCAUUGAAGAUGUAUAAUAGGUUGUUAUAGGUAACAGUACUUUCAGAUUACUGAUCUCUUUGGGUUUAUGUGCAUUAUUUUAGGUAAUGUUGAUAAGAGUAUUUUGAAAGUUAUAAGUGGCAUUUUCUGAAAUGGAGUAAGCAUUUUUAAGUGAGUUAAGCUUAUCAGAUAAAACUAGUUUUAUUGCGAAAAUGCAAAAAGUGGGGUGAUACUCUGUCAAAUUUAAGCAAAUGAUCUCUCCAGGGAUUUUGUUUGCCAUUGAAUUCCAGUUCUAUCCACUUUAAAUUGACGAAAAGCUACUUAACCUCAAAGCUUGACCAGAGUGUUUGGUAUGUAAUGCAGUUCACGCAGUGGAGGAGGAGCUGAAAAUGGGUGUUUCACCGCCAGUUUGUACUCUUUCUCCAGUGAAGCAGUUUUGGGAUAGAUCUUAAGUUUGGACUGCCUUAUGACCUGAUGAAAUUUUCUGCCCAUUCUGAUUCCAUUUCAGAUCAGAACUUGAUUAAUUUCCAAUUUAAUUGUAAAUAAAACGUUUUGUAGUACUAUACCUUAGGAGUCUUAGGGACCUUUUUUGCCUUCCUCUUUCCCAACCAAAAAAAACCGCAUUCAACCAAAGAGCCAGAAACCGUAUUGUGGGGUGGGGUGUCAGUGGUGAGAGUCUACAUUGAGUGAUUUGGGACAUCUAUCAGGGACGGUAUUUCUCUUUUUGGGAAAAAAAUCAAAAUAUGUUUUCACUUCGAAAACAAAUGAAUUAAAUCCAUUUAUAGUCUCCUUUUCUGUAUCGUUUUAAUCUUGAAAAAUUAAUGAGAUAGUUAAAAACAGUGUAGAGAAUCACAGUUCUCCCAGGAAGGUAACAGGCUACAUGUACUGCUGAACUUACAGUUUGGUUAUGGUCAAAUUUCCUGUCGUUAUUCUAAUUGAAUUAAGGGUGUAUCCUCGUAAAUUACAUUAUCUUUAAGCUUAUCAAGUCUCCUGGUUUUAAUAUUUUAUAGUUUGAAAACAAACUGUACUCCCAUGUAAUCAAAUCAUUAAAAGCAUCAGUGCUAGUAAUGUGUGAAUGUUCUGCAGCAAAAUGUCUUUAAUGAAGAGUUUAAUGGGCUGUAUUUGAACUUAAUUUCCAUUUAAUUCAUAAGUGCCCACUAAAUAUGUAUUUUAUUCUGCAUUUCUGUUCCUUUGAUCAUCUGCUCUUGGGUGAGCAUCUGCAUAACUAAAAUAGAUAAGGCAUGAGUUGUAAAUGCUGUUGAAUCUUUUUAAGGUUCAAAGGUGCUAGUAUAUAAAUAACAGCACAUUGUGAAAUAUGCUUUUCCCCCUUCUAAAACAUUUUCUUUUUACAUAUAAUCAUACAAUGAUCAGCAUUUAUGGUGGGUUGGAAGACUUUUUCCUCUCUGUUUUCUUAAAUGACCAUAAAAUCAUCUCUGCAGAAGGCUUCGUUGUUGUGUCUCCUAUUAUUUGUAGAUCCUCUGGCAUAGAAUUAGUUAUUAAUAUUUUAUAAUUUACCCUCAUCCAUAGAAUGCUGAUUUAUAUUACACAAAUAAUACAAAUAGGGGUGAGACUAUAAUGAAGCGUAAAGCAUCUGAGAGAGCCUGUUCAUCACACUUGGACUGUUAUUUGCCAACAAAUUCCAAAUGGAAACACAUUGGGUAUACAGCAUUCACUGCGAGAAAAUACGGUAGUGUAUACUCACAGAAGAACUGGCUUCACAGAGUUAACAUUAUUAAAACUAAAUGUAGUAAUGGCAUUUUUUUUAAAAAAAAAACAUGUUUUUCCUUUAAAAUGGAGCAGUUCGAAAGUGCUUAUUAAGUGACUGCGAUGGUUGGGGAGAUCAAAUGAGCUUGCUCGUGGCUCACCUACUUGUUUUAGCACAAUUGGCCCUGGUGGCGUAGUGGUUAAGAGCUCAAGCUGCUAACCAAAAUUUCAGCAAUUCAAAUCCACCAACUGGUCUUUGGAAAUCCUAUGGGGCAAUUCUACUCUGUCUUACGGGGUCUCUAUGAGUCGGAAUUGACUCAGUGACAUACAACCACAGCGUGUUCAUGGAGGAGUUCCUAGGUGUUGCAGAGUGUCAAAGCACUCAGCUGCUAACUGACAGGUUGGUGGUUCGAGUCCACUCAGAGGUGCCUUGAAGGAAGGCCUGGCAAUCUGUUUCUGAAAAAUUAGCCAUUUAAAACCCUAUGGAGCCACUCCUGAGGCUCACCCUUCAGCCAAAGAUUAGACAGGCCCAUAAAACGAAACAAGUCUAAGUGGACAUACCAGCCCAGGGGCUAGGAUGAGAAGGGGGGAGGGGAUGGGAAAGUUGGUAACGGGGAACCCAAGGUCAAGAAGGGGAGUGCUGACAUGUCACAGCCAAUUGUGGCAACCAGUGUCACAAAACAAUAUAUAGUUUAGUGAGAAACAAUUGCUCCGUAAACCAUCUAAAGUACAAUAAAUAAAACGAGGUAGCACAGUUUCACACGUAUUGAGUAAAAAUAAAUACAUAAAAAAAACGCCGUGGAGCAUAGUUCUCUGAUGCACACGGGCUUGCCGUGAGUCGGAAUUGACUCAAUGGCAACUAAUUUGAUUGGUUUCUGGUUUAAUGCUCAUGAUCGUAUUGAAUGUUAAACGUUUUAAAAUAUUUGUAUUCUUAUGUAAUUUUUAGAUUUGUACCGUAACGUACCAUUGAGUACAAAAAGGAAGUGCUUAGGGCUACCGAUGAUGGAAUAAACUGAGAAGCAUAAAAAUAGUUUAAGACUGAAGCAAGUUGUAGGAAUUUAAGAAGAAAGAAAUUAUAUGGGAACUCCAACUCUGGAAACAGUAGUAUUUGGACGAUGUUGUGUACAUUUGGAGUUUGUGGUCAUAAAUUUAAGUAGGCAAACCUACUCUGUGAUAAUUUCUCUAGCAACAUUUAGCUGCAUGAUUGCGGGUGCAGAGGCAGCAAAUAGUUAAUUAUCUGAUGGAAAUAGAAGCAGGCAGAGGAGUUGACUUGCAAGGUGGUGAUUAUAGCACUGGUGCAUGGAUUCUAAGCUUUUCAAGGCAGUAAGUGAUAGAACGGUGAGAAAGUGGCACGCUCCUGUGAGCUGAAAGCCUCAAAGAGAUGUGGCUGAAAGUGAGCCUGAAAAAUGAAGAGUAACGGUCAAGCGAUGGGAUGCAGGUAGUCCCCGGGAUCCUCUGCGUCUUUAGGUCAAAUUUGUAGGUAAGUCAGAACAGGUACAUAAGGUUCUCUUUUAGGUGCACAGUGCUUAAGAACUGCGGCUGCUAACCAAGAGGUUGGCAGUUUGAAUCCACCAGCUGCUCCUUGGAAACCCUAUAGGGCAGUUCUACUCUGUCCUUUGGGGUCUCUAUGGGAAGGGAUCGACUCCAUGGCAAUUCUUUUAAGGUUAGUGCAAGAAAAGCCUCGGAGGCUUUUCAAUGAUUUAAAAGCUGUAGGUGCAGAGAGUGAAGGUGAUUGUGGUGAAUAUGUUGCGAGUAGAGGUCGGUCCAGUUGUUUCAAAGUGAGGGCAACUGUACAUGACGUUAGAGGGCCAGGGUCAUAACCCAGGCGCUACCUGUACGCGAAAUCGAGAUUUCAGACGUGAUAAAGUACUGAUAGUCAAAAGUCGAGAACUUGGCAUUUGCUGGGAUAGACAGGAGGAGGAGAUACUGAGGUGAGGCAUCAAGGAUCUGUCAGGCCAUGAUUCAUACAAAUUAUUAAAAUAACUGACACAGAAUGGGGUGACAGGGAAGACAGCCGCAGGCUAGUGACAUUGAUGGCAGCAAGAAGAUGGUAACUGGAUAGCACGAGCUUUAAAGGAACCAUGCUCAAAACAAGUUUUGGCUUUAUGUCAAGAGAUCGGUGAAUGAAUGUACAUUUAGAUAUUUUUUAAGAUAAGUAGGUAAAAUGUAAGCGAUAUGGUCAUUUUAAUGACUCCUUCCCUGAACAUGCUUUUUAAAAAAUGGAUCACCCGCUGGUCCCAUUAGCACAGAUUAUAAGGGCUUUUAUUUUAGUAAAUGAAUUUUUGACAGCCUUCCCACCUUCUCUCAGUCUUAUUUGUCUUCAACCUGCUUCCAUGUGAAUGUGGUUCUCGUGUUCUGGUUCCGUAACCUGAGUUUACCGGGGGUGGGUGAGGCCUUUGUUGGGAGCUCUGUUCUCUUCUGAGGUUUCAAUAAGUGCACCUCAUUAAAGGAGAGCACCUUGAAUGGCAGCACUGCAGAAAUUCAGUCACUGGAGAUAACUGGUGAUAGGAAAGUGUGUUUCAUUUCUGAGGGUUUUCCUUUGACUUUGGGCUGCCUCGUCACUCAUUACCUCAUUUGCUUUGUUCUUGAUUUUGGUUGAGAAUUCAUAGGAUGUUGUCAGAUUUCUUUUUCUGUAGUGAAGUGGGUUAGAUGCUAUUAUGAGCCUUAUGAAAAUCACACCUGAAUUCUUUCCUAGGGUUUUUUUUGUUGUUGUUGGCAUGAGGUGGUGUACCUUUUCUUGUUUGGUAGAUGAUUUUAUUGUGACUUUUUCCUCCUCCCUGGCUCCCCUGCCAAUUCCUUAAUUACUAAGUGUGAUCCAGCUGUGACCAACUUUACCCCAUUGUCUUCACCCAGAAGUAACCUGACCUUUUCUUGGCAGAGAAAAUAAGUCACCAGCUUCCCAAUGCUAUAUUUCACAAACGUGUUCAUAUAAUAAGCAUCCUUUUCUUCUUUCCUCCUAGUACAGUGGUUUAGAUGUCCUGUCACCCAUCAGGGUCUUUUCCAUUUGUAUUUUCUUUUAACACCUCUUCCAUUUUAUCAUGAAUUUUUCACUAUUACUAUUUCCUCUUUCUUGAAUUUUCAUCCUGUCAUCCUUUACUCAUUCUUUUCCAUCCACAUUCAAAUUUGCGCCUUUCAACUUAAACAAGGUUUUGGGAAGGUGGCUUCAUAUAUGUGUCCUUAACUCCCUCCCGUCAAACUCUCUGUGUUCUGUGUGCCAGCUAUCUUUCUUGAAUAGAGCAAUCGCUGUGGGUUUGGAGUUUUUCAGGUGUGGAGUGUAUGCUGCCCUUGAUUCUGCUGGAACAUGGUAGGGGACCUUGUCUUUGAUUUGUUUUCUUUUUUAAUCCAGACGGGGGCCUACAGACCUGCAGCUGUGGCACCUCCAGCAAGGAUCUGAGCUCCUAAAAGAGCCUUGAUCUUAAAGAUCCACAGACUUAAAGGAAAAAUGGUGCAGGUUCACAUAUGUGGUACAAGGAAAAUUCUAAGCUUCAGAAUACCUUCUGCUGCAGGGUGGGCUAGGAGAGGGCAUGCUCUUGUAAACAGAGGGAACAAGGUAGAAGAGGUGUUCCUUCUGAUGUCUGUGAUGGGGGCUGACAGCCUACAGGUUGCCCACAGAAGCAGGGAUAACUAGCUUCGAUUGUUCUGGGUUUAUUGCCAUUCAGAGUAUCCCACAAUUUUGACUUGUGCCAAAGGGUAAAUGAGUAGAGUAAUAUAAAUGAGUAGAUAAAGGAAAAUAGUCUAAAGGAAAAAAGCCUGUAGAGAGAAGGAACACUCAUAAAUGGGUGGUGAAAAAGAAUUGCUGGUGGAAAUGGAUGACUAAUUUUGCAGAAGUACAUGGGAUUCAAUUGCACUGGAAACUUUCUAAAACUAAAAAACAAACAAACAAACAAAAAAAAAACCUGCAAAUGUAGAAACAAGGAUGGCCGCUAUUGAAGAUCGACUUAACGGCAUGGGAUAUCAUGUGGAAGUCAUCUCUAGCAAAGCAAAACCUGAGGACAGGGAGGUUGUAACAAGAAUAAGAACACUUGGAAGAGAGGUCUAGGAUCUUUAAUGCAAAUAAGUGAAGAAUCACAAGGAGAAAAAGGAACAGACAGAGAAGGAUGAGAAGGAUACAAUCACUAAAUACUAUAGGAAGAUUUCAUUAGUUUGAAAAUCUUACUAUGUGGGUUCCUGGCAAUACUGGAGGGGAAAUGGAGGCAGAUAUUUCACUCAGAUAUUAUUUGGAGUAGCCCUGGUAGCACAGUGGUUCAGAGCUCGGCUGGUCACUGAAAGGUCAGUGAUUUGAACCCACCAGCUGCUCCAGGGAGAACGAUGUGGUAGUCUGCUUCUGUAAAGAUUACACAGCCUUGGAAACCCUGUGCGGCAGUUAUACUCUGUCCUGUAGAGCCACUAUGAGUCUGAAUCGAUGCAAUGGGUUAGGCAGAUAAUUCA